UCCCACAAAUUUUCACACAUCAUCCUAUGAAAAACAGCUUCUAUCGAGUAAUGGGUGAAUACACGAAAACUCACACCUUUGUGGUUCUGGAAAAACUAAUCUCAUUUGGUGUAUCUUUUGGCGUAUUUCACUGAAUCUUGGGUGGAUAUAGGUUACAUGGAAAGCAACGUGCUCUCGACCCAAUUCCAGGCCUGACAGUCUCCAGGGACCUCACAAGCCUCACCCGGACUUUCAGAUCUCAGUGAACAAGCGGAGAAAGGGAAACAGCCAUUAAGUUCCUGGCAAAGUGGCUGAAAAACUUGAGGUGAGUGGCGGGCGAAGUGGCCACGCGGACCAAUGAUCCCUUCUCCACCCCAGACCCGGAGACCGAGGCCUGAAGCGGCUCCUGCCCCGUCCCACUCCACCUCGAGGCAGCUGCGGGCUCGCGGUCGCGAAAGUCACCUGUGAAGGAAUCGGGGUAGAUGGACUCGAGAGCCUCCAGCUCAUUGCGCUGCUCUUCGCCGUAAUCUGUCAUCGUGGCCCUCGCUGCUACCCAUGGGUCGCCCCGAUACCAGGGAGCGCGCUGCCGCUCAAACCGCGGCCGCGCCGGUUGUCGGGCGGGCGCAGGCGCAGAGUCUCCGGCUGGAAGUCCCGCAGACCAAAGCCAGGCCGGGCCUGCUGAGCCACAACCCCGCGUCGCCCUCCGUCUGAGCCCUAGUGCCGCGUUCGACUCAUUCAGCCUGGCCAGUGGGACACUGACUUGCCGCCUCUUCCACGCCUGCUCAACAUUUGCUGGGCUCCUGGAGGCAUCCGGUCUGGCAUUCGCUAAGGACACCUAGGGCCGCUGCUGGGCUUUGCCGGGCCUACGCCUGAGAAGCCCUCAGCGAGGCAUCUUCGUUCGAUGUGUCUGGGCUGAAAGUUCACUUCGCGCGUCUGGUGGGACGCUGUCUAGUGGUGGGCGGUGGGGACAACUGCGAACUUGCGCUUUUUUGCGGUUUCUGGUUUACCUGCUACUGAAGCUAGGCGCAUGCCAGCUUAGUGUGUAUGUUGGUGAGGUUCAGGUCAUUUCUGCGCUUCUAGAAGUUCAAAUUGCUGGGCUUCAUUAGGAGUUGAGCGAAAAGCCUGGGACCCACGUAGAGGCCGAGAAGCGGAAUGGCAUUCUGCUAAUGCGUGGGGCGCUGGGCCCGGCUGCUUAACAAGUAGAGGUGGAUCCGGGGGAAAAUCGACGGGGAUCCGGGAAUCGGACCUCUAGGUUCAGAUUGUUAGACCUCGUUUUUGAAUUUGUGAAAGAACUCGGCGUGCAUAUGAUAAACACGCCUGUGAUGACGUAUUUCUGUGAGUGAUGAAGAGGCUGUAGAUGUCAGUUUUGAUAUGCCGUGUGAAUUUGCCGAACGGUAUAAAAAAUGUUCAGAACCUUUGAUUUGGUAACGCUGCUUGUGAGAAUAACACUGCCAACUCCAAGCGUGCGCAGCGAUCACAAAGAAAAUUGUCAAGAGAACCAUAAGAAGGUGGCGAAAUAAGCGUGAUAUUUUCAUGAGAGGAAUAUAAAGUAACUAUUUAGGUUUGUAUUUAGGUUUGCAAUAAAGGAACUCAGGUUCUUUUAUUAUAUGAUUAUGUGAAGUAGAAUAUGUGGAAAAUGUAAGAAAAUACUCCCGACAUAUUAAUAGAUUUUUCCCCACAUUUCUUUUUCUUUUUCUUUUCUAUUGUAAAUCUGGUUUCACUUCUACAGUAGGGGGAGCACUUUUUAAAUAACUCUCUAAUGAAGGCUCUAACAUUUUCUUUGUUAAAAUGAUGAUGUCUCAUGACCCGAAAGGCAUCUCAAUUUUUUAUUUGGAAAUAUUGCUUACUUAUAACAGGAAUACUUUAUAAUAGACAUACUCAAGAACACUACUCUUUACCAAUUCCAUGUCUUAAAUAUUCUUUUAAACUCUGAGGGUAGGGCAAUCUCCUUACUAUACUGAGAAUCAAAUAAAAUGCAUGGAAUAACUUUCCAAAUAUAAGGUGUUUCUUUUCUGGAUAUCUUUAAUUCAGAGGAAUUACAAUUAUUUAUCUCUUUUCAGGAAAAAGCGUCUAGGCAGAAGGAACAGCCACUGCAAAGAUUUUCAGUGCAAAGGUGCGAUUUGAUGAAGAAAAGCACAGAUGGGACACCUGUAAUGGAACACAAUUGAGAAGACUAAGUCUGGAGAAAAUUGCCCAGAGUCACACAGAAAUGAGUGGAAGAACCAAGAGCAGGACCCAAGUUGUCUGGCACCCUCUUUUAACCCCCAUGCCAGAUCUGGCUUCAACUUGUCUACAAAGUGAUGAAUACAUUCUGCUUACAAGUGACACUCACAAAACCGUACCACAUGCAAAGUUUGACGAGAAAGCAAAGAAUGAAAGCAGUAGAGGGCAGAAGUAGCCUUCCUGCCUCAUAGCAAGGAGGAACUUGCAAAACCCAGAACGGACAAAGACUGAUGCACCUCUAAGUUACAGACAAAAGAAAAGAAAUUGAAGAUCACAUUCUUCCUCUACCAAGCACUAUGUCUCGCCCUGCACAUAGAAGACCGGAAUACCAAAAAAUUAACAAAGAUCUCUUUGUCCUCACCUAUGGAGCUCUUGUUGCCCAACUGUGUAAGGAUUAUGAAAAAGAUGAAGAUGUGAACAAAUACUUAGAUAAAAUGGGUUAUGGCAUUGGAACACGGCUGAUAGAAGACUUUUUGGCUCGAUCCUGUGUGAGAAGAUGCCACAGUUAUUCAGAAAUUAUAGACAUAAUUGCCCAGGUUGCUUUCAAGAUGUACUUGGGAAUUACACCAAGUGUGACCUGCAACAAUUCAAGCAGAAAUGAGUUUUCCCUGAUUCUAGACAAGAAUCCUCUGGCAGAGUUUGUGGAAGAACUUCCUGCUGGGCGAUCUUCUUUGUGCUACUGCAAUUUACUCUGUGGGGUUAUCAGAGGUGCCCUGGAAAUGGUUCAUUUGGCUGCUGAUGUUACAUUCUUGCAAGACAGACUGAAAGGCGACAGUGUGACAGAAAUAGGAAUAACAUUUCUGAAAAAGCUAGACGAGAAAAAAUACAGACGGAAAAAAUGAAGAAUAAUGUGCAAAAUGUGACAGGGUGGGUAGUUGAGGAGUGAAACACAUAUAGUUAUAGAAAUUUUGAAUCGCUUAAUAGCAUGAGCUUUGAAAGGCUUAUAAAUCAGCCAGAAAUUUAAAAUGCAGAGCAUGUGAAUUUUCUUUUGCAUAUUUUUAAUCUCAUGUUCAUAGUAUUUUACACACAAAUAACUCUUUAUGAGAUAGCAAGCAUGAAUCCUACCUAUUACCCAGUCCAUCCCUGGGGAGUCUAUUCAUCCCAUUUACUUAUGGUAAUAGGAGAAAAAAGCCACCACCUACUGAAACAGUAUAUUAUCUCUUUUCAGUAGGACAAUGAAUGAAAUGAUACAGCAUAAAGUUCAUUAAAUAGAGACAGUUCCUAGAUACUACCUACUGCAUUCUCUAGAGAAGGAAUUUCAUUUGUAACACUUUCCCAUAUUUUUGAGAAAUUAUGGAUUUUUCUCAUAUAUUAUCUUAGCAUAUAGCUUCAACAUCCUAAAGCUACUCUUGAUUUGUAACCACCAAAACAGGCUAUUGAUUUGUAUGUCAAUCCUGAAGCAUUUAAAAAUAGCAUUUAAUUUUUAUUUGUUUAACUUUUAGGUAGCUAGAAUUAACAAAAUUCCUCUUUUUUUUUUUCCCAUGUAAUAUUGAUGACCAGUGAGGAAAUCUCCAAAAUGAAUGGUAAAUACUGUUCUUUGAAGAACACUUUGUACCCCAAAGUUUAUUUACUUAGAAUUUUUAUUAUCAUUUUUAAUCCCCCCAAAUCUUCCAAAGAAUAUUUUGUCUGUGGUCAGAACAAUGAACUGCAUUAAAUAAACGGUAAUCUUUGCCAGACCAUCAGUACACAAGGACAGCCUCUAAGACAGCCCAGGAAUUAGUACUGCAGAGAAUUCAGAGUACAAGUAAAAGUUAUAAUUAGCAGGACUUCAUGAAUUACAACUUGUGAUCUGGUAGUGAUAGAGGUCAACUAGGGCUUGAGGAGCCUGACAAUCUAAUCCCAAUUCUGUUUGCAGUGGCGUCAGCUAAUCCUGACUAGUGGCUAACCCUGGGCAACACGCCCCUCUCCUUUUCCUCCCAUCCUUUCAAAAUGAAGAGAUUAGACAUGAUAAAUAUCUAAAGUAAGAUCAGUGUGUUUAAAUGAUAAAAAUGACCACAGCAAUUCCACAUUUGGAGAAAUUAGAAGAUCAUAGGGAAAUUGUUUAGUCCCCCACCUACCCAUUUAUCUCUUUGAAGGCUAUUGAGGUAGGCACAAAAGACCAGAGAGGGUCUCUGGGGCAACUGCAGCAUCAAGGGAAGGUCCUUCAGGCCUGUGGCACAGAAGAUGAGUAUAAUCUGGAAGAAGAUAUCAGCUAUCAGAAGGAUGUUACGAUAUCACAUAUUUUAAGUUGAUGCCUCCAGCAGAAUGCUUGCUUGAAAUCCAUCCCAAAGCUUCUUUCUAGGAUUUUCCCACCUUCUGCUCCAAUGCCUCUUUCUCCUUUGCAGUACACUUUUCCCUCCAGGAACCCAUAGAGACCAAUGUCUAAGGGUCUCCUUCUUAAAUCAGCACCCAACUCGCUCUCUUGAAAAUGUUCCAUGCCUGGAGUAUUCUCUUACCUGUCUAUACCUUCCCUCCUUUUUCUCCCAAUCCAACUAUCAAAAUCCAUCCCAGGAAGGUGACUUAAUCUGUUCUUCUCAGUGAUGCUGAGUGUUUGAAUUAGUGAUGGUUUGGGAAUAAAGUUUGUUCCUGGAACAUCCUUUGUUUUCCUUACCUGGUAGGAAGGGAGUCUCUUGGCAUCAAAUUUAUGCUAUACUUGUUUGCAUUUAAUAUGUGUUCCAACCUGAAGAACAUAAAAAUCUAGAAGUGCUAUCCAUUUGAAUUAUGAGACACUAAUUACAAAUUUUCUAAUAGUCACAUUAAAUAAGUAUAAAGGAAUGGGUGACAUUAAUUUUAAUAAUAUAUUUAAUUUCUACUAAUUAUCCUAAAUAUUAUUAUUUCAACAUGGACAUUUUACAUUUUUUAUACCGAUCUUUGAAUGUCAGUGUUUAUUUUAUGCUUUUAGCCCCUUUUAAUUCAAUGGUAAAUUUUUGAAUUUAAAGCAAAACGUGCUCUCAAAACAAUGAAGUUGUGAUUAGUGGUAGUUAGUAGCUUUAGUUUUUAAAUAAAAAUUAAUUGAAAAUUAAAAAUUCAGUCACUCUUGUCACAUUUUAAGUGUUUAAUGACCAAAUAUGUCUAGCUGCUACUAUAGACAGCAGUGGUCUAGAAUUCCCAAUCAAAAGAUCAUUGAGUCUCCUUCAUCUUUGCCGCAAAGAAAGAAUCAAGAAGAUCCAUGAUCAAGGAAAGAAAGAGAGGAGAUGGGCGAGGCUGGGAUAAGCUAAGAAAAACCAGCAAAAAGAGACUGUCAGAGAUCCAUGAAAUGGUCUGUCUCCACUGAGCA